CAACAACAUAAAUGAGUGGCGAGGAAUGGGUCUUUGAAAAUAAAAUAUUUUUUUACCGUUCAACUGUUUCUCUUUGUUUUGCUUUUUGUUCUAAUGUUAUUGUCACUCUUUUACACGCAUCCAACAACCAUCCCUAUCAAUUCGUAGAUUGUCUGAUUUCCUGCUUACUUCUCCCAAACCCUUUGAUUUCGAUUCGUUUACUAGAAUCAUCCAAGCCCCACCCUUCCUUCCCCAAAGUUAGGGUUAGGGUUUGUUUUGGCUAACCUAACUUCCAAUUUAUGGCGCGAUCGGUGCCUAUACUGGCACCAUUAUGUCUCUUACUUGCCCUAAUUGGUCUCUGUUGGCCCGUCGAAGCCCAAUCGAAGCCUGAAAAUGGAAUGUUGAUUGAGCAAAUCACCAGCAAAGGGAACGGCGACGUUUGCAAAGGAGUCACCGCGCCAGCUUCAUGCCCAAUCAAUUGUUUCCGUGCAGAUCCUGUUUGUGGUGUUGAUGGGCGGACUUAUUGGUGUGGAUGUGAUGAUGCUUUGUGUAGCGGUACCACUGUUGCUAAAAUAGGGGCCUGUGACAUGGGAAAUGGAGGCAGCGCUUCUCUUCCUCGCCAGGCGCUUCUUUUGGUCCAUAUUCUUUGGCUCAUCUUGCUCGGUUUUUCUUUACUCUUCGGCCUUUUCUAAUUUUAAUUGGACAGAGAUUGUGUUCUUAUGCUGUUGUCCGUUGUUCUGCGCUUUGUAGUGUUAGGGAUUGUGUGAGAGAGAUUCUUUUGUAAUAGAAAUUCUUGAUUAAUAGUAACUGCAUCGUGAUUCUUUUU